UUUAUUAUGGAUUAAGUUAAGCCAAAAGUAUUUUUUGUUUUGGGAGGUACUGUCUUAUAGAUCCAUGAUAAAUAGGACCUGGAGCUGGAAAAGGUACUUAGAGCGCAAAAAUGGUUGAGAAGUAUCAUUUCGUUCAUUUAUCUGCUGGAGACUUGUUGAGAGAAGAAGUAAUUUAUUAAAAUAUUUUCAAGAGAUCCAAAAAAACACAAAAUGCAGAAUUGAUUGAGGAGAUCAUUAAGAAUGGAUAAAUUGUUCCAGUAACUCUCAUAUAUAAUUUAUUAGAGUCAUAUAACAAUUGAAUUAUUAUAAUCAGCUAUGCAAGCCAAUGGCUUAAAUAAAAUGUUUUUAAUUGAUGGAUUCCCAAGAAAUCAAGAAAAUUACGAUGUUUGGAUCAAAUUAAUGGGUGAUAAAGUGGAAUUCAAAAAGCUUUUUUAUUUUGAAUGUGAUGAGUAAACUUUGAAGAAUAGAAUCAAAAUCAGAGCUUAAGAAAGUGGAAGAUCAGAUGACAAUGAUGAAACAAUGAUUAAAAGAUUGAAAACAUACAAUGAAUCAACAAGACCAAUUAUAUGUAUUAUAUUCACUAAUCUUUAGAAUAUUUUGAUUCUCUUUCACAAUGUAUCCAUAUUAAGGCAAAUAAAACAGUUGAUGAAGUAUUUUAAGAAAUAUCAAUGAAAUUAGAUGAAAUCUUAUGAUAUUAAAUUUAA